AUGUGGUGGUUUAUUAGCGCGUGCUCGAGCGCCAUCUUCCUGCUCAGCAUCGUCCUCUCAAUACCCAUCGCUUUCGACGUUGGGGGCCGCGAUGCUGGACUGGCCUACUCGCUAGCGCUCUUCCUGUUCUACUUCUUCUAUAGCAUCGCAAAACUCAUAACGCCAGAGAAGUCGCGGAUACGGUGGUUUUUUAGGAACCUGGUCGGCUUGUCACAAUGGGUCGUCAUCCCGACGCUGCUGAUCUGGUCGCUGAACCGCUUCUCGGUCGACGCCGAGAGCAGCGGCUGGGUGGCGCGCACAUUUUCGCAGAUUACGUCGACACACCAUAAGACCUGGAAGCAGUGGUUCUUUGGCCAAGAUGGCUUUAUCGAGACGGUGGCACUGGGCGCAUGGGACAACACCUUGAGCUACUCGAGCCCUGUCUUCCAGCUGCUCGAGGGCUUCUGCAGCCUGUUGGUCAUCCAGGCCGCCGGCCAAAUCACAAGAUGGCUUGUCAACCGCGGGCGGAGUGACACAUGGGUGAUCUUUACCGACUACCAACCGUCGGCUGAGGCUGCGGCCGCGGCCGAGCAGGCAGCCGCAGCGCAGCCUGACUUUCCCCCGUUACCCCCCAUUAUCAUGGCUUCGUACUCGACUCUGAUGCACAUGUUGGGCAACCUACCCACGGCCGUGAGCUCGUCAUUCCAGUUUCUCUACGCCGCGUUCCAGACCAUCACUCCCAGUGUCAUCAUCUCGUUGACGUAUCGCAUCAUCGUUUUUUAUUGCGCCACGCGGAUCAUUCCGGCCGUCAGGGAACUGGGCGCAACCGCGAUCAUGGAGGAACCGACGCUGGAGGAUACUGAGGGAGCGAAUCGUCUAAUUGGGUUCCUCAGCUGGUUUUCACCGUCUAUGCUCAUUGCCGUCUACACUAGCCUGCUUCUUCAGCAUUUUAGCGUCUCCAGUGGAGACGAUGCCGGGUGGACACUGCGGGCGGGCGAUGCCGGCGGCAGCACGUGGCGAUGGGUCAACAUUGCCGCAACCAUGGGGUUCGGCGUCAAGCUGGGCGCCCGAAUAUGUCUCGCAUAUGAAGCGAUAACUACACCGCACUAUGACUGGUUGAAGCCACUGGUGGAGAUGGCAAGAGAGCACAAAGCUAAAGGAUGGCGGGAAUAUUGGGGGAAUGAUACCCAGAGCUACACCGGCACUCAGUCGGGGCAGCCAUUUUGGAAGGAGGAGGAACGGAGGAACGAGGACAGGAGGCUGGUGGAGGAAUAA